AUGUUGGAUUCAGAGCGUCGUUUCAGAUCACACAGCCAACGUCCUGUUCAAGCCAGCGGCGAUCAGACUGGCUCAUCUUUGUUCGGGAGAACCAAGUUCAGAGUUGGAUAUCCGACGAAUCUAUUGAUCUCGAGUGGACCCGACAAGGAUGAAGAUGAGACUGUGUGCAUUGGCAGGUUUGAGCAGUGGGCUUACGAGGCACUCCAGCUUCCAGAAAAAGACACGUUAUGGCACACACAGAUGGCCAUUGUUUAUACGCAGCAGAAGUGCACGAAAGAUGCCAUCGAACGCUCUAAGCUAGCUUUGAAUAUGGAUCCUAACAUUUAG